UAGGGUUUUGAUGAAGAAAAUAUGAAAUAAGAACGUUUCCGUGACGUUUCGUUCCCUGCAACUAUCGUCCAAGAUCUGAGCAACAAUGGGUUCUUGGUUGAAUACAAAGAUUUAGUGUAGAUCAUCUUCACAUUCGCCCCUUGACUCCUGAUUUUGGGGAUCAACAAAUUCAUUUGUUAAAAAAGUGGAGGCUUUUUAUGAUUUUGGGUGGUGGAGGGGUAGUUACCAAAGAACUUGCUGACAAAUAAGGUUCCUGUUAUUAAUGGUGUUGUGCAUGAUGAAUUAAGAGAAACGGCUACCGUAAACCUUACAAAUCCGAUUGGGGACACACCUGCUAGCAUUGAUAAUCAAACUUGUAGUCAUGUAGUGUAACAAGAUCAAUGAAGAGAUCAAAAAUGACAAAUCUUGGUAGCAAUGAUAAGCUUAUAAAGCCUUGUAAGAAAUUAAAGUCUGGGAUUGCUUCUCCUGAUCGGCUCAGUGUCUGAAGGUGAAAAACCGUCUGGAAGUUCUAAUAUUUCACCCUCUAUCACAAACGCCAAUGAUCAAAAGCCGAGUUUUGAAAAACGGAGUUCAGUUUGGGAGACGAUCGGGUCAAUGGCCUCAGAAUCCGCAUUUUCGCCCCCUUGAAAAUCUAAAGGAAAGUGCCCGUGAACGCCACGUAAUCCAUAAAAUGGUUGACUUCUCAGGCGUUUUUGAGGACAUGUGCCGUUUACGGUGUGAUCAUCCAAGAACCGAAUUCCAAGAUCAACUGGAGAUCCUUUUGGAACUGGAAACCCACGGGUCUGAUGUCAAUUCUUUGAGAAUCCGUUUGAAGGAAAUGCUUUCUUUGAAGGACAAACUGGAGGCACUUGAAACUGGGAAAAAAAUCCCGAAGAUAAUCUUGAGAUUGAGCGUGUUAAAGUUGAAGAACGCAACAAAGACAUUGUGUUGACUGAUUGUCAGAUUGAUGAAUUGCGUGAUAGACGUGAACGGCUAGUGAAAGAAAACAAGGAAAGUACGUUGAAAAUCAUUGCUUGGGAAGAAGAAGUUAAUGUAAAUGAAGAAGCUAAGUGCGAAUAUGAUCGCAAAUUCUAUGAAUUAGCAGCUGCACCUUUUAAAUUAUCAAGUUAGAGAUACUAUGAAAAGUUUUUGGAUGAUUAGUUUCUAGUUGUUUUCUUAAGGUUAGCAAGUGCUUAAAGGCCUGGCAUGGUUUUUUUGAAUAGUAAUCCAUGUGGUCAUAGCUUAGACCAGAUUUUGAUUUUGACCCAUUUGCUUAUUACCAAGCCAGUUUGAUUGGAGGUAAGUUUUCAUCAAACCUUCAUGUUUGCUUAAAAGGGUGGCGCAGUGAUAAGCGUUUUGAGCAUCUUUACCAAUGAUCUUAUUUUGGGUCAGUAACAACCUUAAUUUUACUAAAUUCAUGUAUGAAACCGGGUCGACAUAAAUGGGCUGAUGGCAAAUGUUUUUUUUUUCAGAGAAACAGGUUGCGGUUUUUUAAUAGUUUUAGCUCGAUUGCAUUUGUGUGUGUUUGUUGUAACUUGUAAGUAAAUGAUUCUUUGCUGCAAUGGUUUUUGCGAGGAUAUGUGUUUUUUUAUGUCUCUUGUUUGAUACUGUGUUGCUUAUGUUUUGUAUGCUUUUAAUGUGAUACUUGUUUAGGACCUUGAAUUAUUUGUUAUAUGGUGUGGUGUAGGGGAUAUUUAUGCAUCAAAAUGGUUUAUAUUUUGUUUCCCUUUGGGCAAAAGUAAGAAAAAAACAAGGUUUAUGGUUUAUCUUCAGGAUAGGAAUAAAGGUGGAAGCGUUUUUAAAGGAAGAACAUUUGCGUGACGUUUGGUUCAAUGUAACUAUCGUUGAAGAUUUGGGAAACAGUUUGUGUUUGGUUGAAUACAAUUUUUCAGGGAUCAGGAGGGGGUGUAACAAUACAACAAAGAUUAACAUGGACCAUUGCAACACCCUAGGCAAAUCCCACAUCAUCCGUGGACACAGGAGAGAUUCUUGGUUCAUAAGGAAUGUCAUGCCUCUUAAAUCAUCAACGCGUUUUGGGCUUAGUUGGUUUUGGAGCACAUAAAAACUCCAUAGUUAAGUGUGUUCAGGUGGGAGUAGUACUGGGAUGUGACCUCGAUGGGCAACGGUGGGUAGGUAGAAAGGUGGAAGUAUCUUUAGAGGAAAAAAUUUUGCGUGACGUUUGGUUCCCUGCAACUAUCGUUGAUGAUCCGGGCAACAUUCUGUUCUUGGUUGAAUACAAAGAGCUUCAAGAGUUGGUAUAGAUCAUCUUCACAUUCGCCCCUCAGCUCCUCAGUUUACGGUUACAAGUUUUGGUUUGUUAGAAAAAGUAGAUGCUUUCUAUGAUUUUGGCUGGUGGAGUAGAGUAGUUACGAAAAAACUUGCUUACAGUAGAUACGUUGUGUAUUUUAAACACACAAAUAAGGUUAAAGAAUUUAGUCAUCUGGAAUUAAGAUCACAUUUGGAAUGGAAAGAUGACGGUUGGUUCACCACUCGUCAGGUUUCUGUUUCUAAUGAUGAAUUAAGUGAAAGUCCUACCUUAAACCUUACACAUCUGAUUGGGGAGACACCUACUACUAGUAUUGAUAAACAAACUUUUAGUGUAACAAGAUCAUGAAGAGAUCAAAAGUGACAAAUCCUAUAAAGCCUUGUAAGAAAUUAAAGUCUGGGAUUGCUUCUCCUGAUCCGAGUAAAGAAGUCAACAACCAAUCUGUUGGUCAAACCGUAGAUAAGACUAAGAGACUUCUUCGUGGAAGGAAAACGCCUGCUAAGCAAGACAAAAGUGUUGAUUCUAGAGGCCCGGAAGCUUUACUUAAAGGUGCAGGUGAUCUGACCCUAACAACAAUUGCAAACACUGUUAAGGGAAACCGUGUUAACGAAAAUAUUCCUUCUACGACAGCUGACGUUCAGGAUAAGGAAACUGACGGCAACUCAUCAACAAUAAGAAAGUGGGGAAAGACAUUCAAAAGGCAACCCACAAACCGCAAGACUUCUGUGGCUUUAAGUAUUCAAAAUGAAGAUGCCAGUGUUAAAAAGCAAAAGGAAAAGUCCAGUACACCGGCGAAAGGAAAACAAGGAAGAAGUAUGAUUAGUUUAAGCAUCAAGUCUUCACCACAAGUUUCUGUAGAUCUUCACGAUUCUUCUGCACAAAUAGUAUCAGUUAAUGGAACUUCUGAUAUUGUUGAGAAAUCACUCGACUUAGUGUCUGAAAAUCAGUCUCUUUUAAGGUCGUUUCUAGCUUCUCUUGAGUCCGCAGGUAAAGAACCGUCUGGGAAUUCUAAUAUUCCACUCUCCAUCACAAACGGCGAUGAUCAAAAGCCGAGUUUUGAAAAACGGAGUUCAUUUUGGGAGACCAUCGGGUCAAUGGAAGCAUUUCGUUUAUUUCCACAGAAUCCGCAUUUUCGCCCACUUGAUACUCUUAACGAAAGUGCCCGUGAACGCCACGCAAUCUAUAAAAUGGUCGACUUCUUAGGCGUUUUCGAGAACAUGUGCCGUUUACGGUGUGAUCAUCCAAGAACCGAAUUCCAAGAUCAACUGGUGAUCCUUUUGGAACUGGAAACCCAUGGGUUUGAUGUCGAUUCUUUGAGAAUCCGUUUUAUGGAAAUGCUUUCUUUGAAGGAUAAACGGGAGGCACUUGAAACUGGGUCAAAAGAUCCCAAAGAUCAUCUUGAGAUUGAGCGUGUUAACGUUCAAGAACACAAGAUAGACAUCAUGUUGAUUGAUAGUCAGAUUGAUGAAUUGCGUAAUAAACGUGAACGACUUGUGAAAGAAAACGAGCAGAGUACGUUGAAUAUAGUUGCAGGGGAAAAAGAAGUUGCAGAAAUUGAAGAAGCUAAGUGCGAUUGUGAUCGCAAAUUUCAUGAAUUAGCGACUGCUCCUUAUUAAAGAUUAGUUUGUUAGAGAUGUGAUGGGAGAGGUUUUGGAUGAUUAGUUUACAGUAGUUAUCUUAAGGUUAGCAAUUACUUAAAGGUAAUCCUUGAGACCAUAGCUUACACCAGAUUGAUUUUGACCCAUUUGCUUAUAACAAGCCAGUUUGGGUGUUGGUUUUUUCUUAAUUUUAUAUUUGGUUUAACUGAAUUGAAAGUAGACCCACAAUUUAUUUUCAAUGCAUACAACUUUUAA